CCGUGCAUUGAUACCAUGGAUAAUUAUGAUGUGAUUAAGGUCAUUGGGGAAGGUGCCUUCGGGAAAGCAUUCUUGGCUAACGGGAAAUCAGAUGGCAAGUACUGUGUUAUUAAAGAGAUCGAUUUUGUGAAGAUGCCCAACCAAGAAAAAGAAGCUUCAAAGAAAGAAGUAAUUCUUCUGGCCAGAAUGAAGCAUCCCAACAUUGUAACCUUCUUCAGUUCGUUUCAAGAGAACAACAGGUUGUUCAUUGUGAUGGAGUACUGUGACGGAGGGGAUCUCAUGAGAAGGAUCCGUAGACAACGGGGAGUGUUAUUUAGUGAAGAUCAGAUUCUGAGUUGGUUUGUACAGAUUUCUCUAGGACUAAAAUAUAUUCAUGACAGGAAGAUCUUACAUAGAGACAUAAAAGCUCAGAACAUUUUUCUUUGCAAGAGUGGAAUGGUUGCAAAGCUUGGGGACUUUGGUAUAGCAAGAGUUCUGAACAAUUCCAUGGAACUCGCUAGAACUUGUGUUGGAACACCAUACUACCUAUCCCCAGAGAUCUGUCAGAAUAAACCCUACAACAAUAAAACGGAUAUUUGGUCUCUUGGCUGUGUCUUAUAUGAGCUUUGCGCACUCAAGCAUCCUUUUGAGGGUCACAACUUACACCAGUUGGUUCUGAAGAUUUGUCAAGCGCAUUUUGCCCCGAUACCCACAACGUUCUCCCGUGACCUGCAAGCCUUGAUAUCUCAACUCUUUGAAGUAUCUCCCCGAGAUCGGCCGUCUAUUAAUUCCAUUUUGAAAAGGCCCUUUUUAGAGAACCUUAUUGCCAAAUACUUGACUCCCGAGGUCAUUCGGGAGGACUUUAGCCACAGCCUCACACAUAAAGCAAGACGGUUGGCUUCUCAACCUGCACGGAAGGAGGUCCAAGAUUCUAUGAUACAGAAAGCAAGAUUCCAGGGAAAGUGUCUACCAAGAUCAAGGCUAUCAGAGCCAUUUAAAAGGAAGGAGAUAUUGUAUAGAAAUGAAAAGAGACCCCCAGCUGGAGCUCAGAAGCCUGUAUCUAUAAAAAUGGUAGAAAGGCCCAAAUUUGCUGCAAUGCGUGGACAUUAUGACUAUUAUUAUGCCCAACUUGAUGUGUUGAGGAAGAGAGUGCACAAACCAAUUUACCACUGUGUUCCUCAAAAAGAUUCUGGAGUUGAGGAGAAUUAUAAUCAGGAAGAAAGCCAUAGUCCGUCACCAGGUCAAUGGCCUGCGGAAUACCUUCAGAGGAAAUGUGAAGCCCAACAAUAUAAGCUGAAAGUGGAAAAGCAGUUGGGUCUCCGUCCAUCUUCUCCUGAACCGAAUCACCACCGAAGACAAAAGCGAAGAAAUGAUGGAGAAGAGCCUCGAUUCCAGGAGCUGCAGAUCAGGAGAAACGAAGUGAAGGAACAGGAAUAUUGGAAGCAGUUAGAGGAAAUACGCCAACAGUACCACAACGACAUGAAGGAAAUUAGAAAGAAGAUGGGGAGUGAACUGGAGGAGGACUCAAAAAUAAGUCAUAAAACCUAUUUAGUGAAGAAAAGCGACCUGCCCAUCCACCAAGAGGCACCUGAGGAAGGAGCUUGUAUGCAGGACAUUGAAAGAGACUUGAAACAAAUGAGAGUUCAGAACAUAAAGGAAAGUUUAGUUCUAGAACAAAACUGUAAAGCUAAGAGAGGGGUGAAGUUUGAAAUUAGUUUAAACCAAUGUAUUUCUGAUGAAAACACCCUCCAAGAGGAAGAGGCAAUGGAUGUGUGCAAUAAAACUGUGACCUUUGACGAUGGCAUGAAGCUUAAGGAAUAUAAAUGUGUGAAGGAGUAUGAAGAGUAUACAGACAAAGCAUUUGAAGAACUCUGUGGCCCAGAAGCAGGUGGCCAAGGGAUGGUGACCUCAGGCAUUCCAGAAAACAGGAGACGGUGGCGGCAUGAAGCGCCUGGAGCUUUAAUGAGCGCUUGGGCUGCAGCACGUCUGACAAGUAGCUCGUUUUCUGCCCACGAAGGCAAAUGGGUGGGAACAUUAGAACAAAGGCUUCCUAAAGAAGAUGAGGGGAAUAUGGAAAUGGCCUCUGGCAUUGAAGUAGAUGAGGAACAACCAAGAUCUGACGAUGAUGAUACAAAUUUUGAAGAAUCUGAAGAUGAGUUGAGAAAUGAAGUAGUAGAAUCUCUGGGAAAACCUGCUCCUCCCAAAGAGGAAGAAAAAAGAGAAGAGAUUCCUGGUUUCUCUAAGGGUGCUGAAAAAUUAGGAGGAGAGAAGAUAAGCACCCAGAAAUAUACAGAAUUAAAUGAAGAUUUAGAGAAUAUUUCUACUCGAGCUGACGACAAAAUAUGCAUUGCAGGUGAAAACCAAGAAACAUCAACAACCCAUCAAAAUAUACAAGUGUGA